CACAAAAACACAUUAUUUGCUUUCAAUCACACUUGGGGUCUUAAAAGUUUCUUAAAUAGACACUGAUACAUGAGGUACAUCGAUCGAUGUAACUAUCGAUAACACACAACAAAGGCAUCGCGUGCGCGAAUUCUUCAGCUCUGCCAUCGCCAGGUGCUUCCUCUUCCGACUCCGAUCCAAUUGGAGGAAUUUGCCAGCUGUGCACGUGAAAGUGAAACUCGGCAGUAGAACAUGUCCAAGGCCAAGGGUAAAAAGAAGGAACGCUUCGAUGACGAUGACGAGCAGGUGGAGAAAGUGGCCGCCGCUGUGACGGAGAAGAAGUCCGGCAAGAAGGGAAAGAAGGGCAAGCGUGGCGGAGACUCCAGUGACGAGGACGUCGCCCCGAAGAAUCGUGAUGCCGACGACCUGGAAAGCGUGGCCUCCUCCACGCAGAGCAAGCAGCAACAGAAGAAACAGCCCAAGAAGGGUAAGAAGGGAAAGAAGAACGACGACUGGAGCGACGAGGACGAAAAGCCUGUGAAAGCAAUUCCUGCAGACGAGGACGAGGACGAGGAUGAGCCGGUCCAGGCGAAGCCAGCUGCGAAAAAGCAGCCCGCUGGCAAGAAGAAUAAAAAGAACAAAAAGAAAAACGACGACUUCUCGGACGAGGAAGAGCCCGAUCUGGAUCUGAAGGGCAGCGAGGAGGAGGAGGAGGAGGUGGUGGCCGCCAAGCCAGCUUCCAAGAAGUCCAAGAAGAAGCAGCAGAAGAAUAAGUUCGCCGUCAGCGAUGACGAAGAUGAGGACGAGGCGCCCGAAGAGGAUCUAGAGGAGGAGAUCGUGGAGGUGGCUCCCAAAAAGUCGCAAAAGAAGAAGCAACAAAAGUCCAACAAAUAUGCUGCCAGCGAGGAUGAGGAAGAGCUAGAGAAAGAGGAGGAGGAGGAAGAGAAGAACGAGGAAGAGGCUCUGACCGAAAAGGUGGCAGCUGUGAGCCUCAAGGAGAAGUCUGUCGAGAAGGAAUCGAAGCCCGAACCCAAGCCAGAGCCCACUCCAGAGCCAACUCCAGAGCCUGAAGAAGAGCCGGAGGUCGAGGCCGAUGCCGAACCCAAAUCCGAGGAGAGCAAGGAUCCCAAGGAGAAGAAACUCACCCACAAGGAGAAGAAAAAGCAGAAGAAGCAGCAGGAGUACGAACGCCAAAUGGAGCUGAUGACCAAGAAGGGCGGUGCCGGCCACUCGGACCUCGACAACAACUUCACCAUGUCCCAGGUGCAGAAGAGCGCCGGCCAACAGGCAGCCCUGGAGCACGCCGUGGACAUCAAAAUCGAGAAUUUCACCAUCUCGGCCAAGGGUAACGAUCUGUUCGUGAACGCCAAUCUGCUGAUAGCCCACGGCCGGCGGUACGGGUUGGUGGGCCCGAACGGACAUGGCAAGACCACGUUGCUGCGCCACAUCGCCACAAGGGCCUUCGCCAUACCGCCCAACAUCGACGUGCUGCUCUGCGAACAGGAGGUGGUGGCCACCGACAAGACGGCCAUUGAGACGAUCCUGGACGCGGACGUGCGUCGCACGGAGAUGCUCAAGAAGGCCGAGGAGCUGGAGAAGCAGUUCGCCGGCGGAGAUCUGAGCGUGCAGGAGGAGCUGAACGACACGUUUGCCGAACUGAAGGCUAUCGGAGCCUACUCGGCGGAGGCCAGAGCCAGGCGUAUCCUGGCCGGUCUGGGCUUCAGCAAGGAGAUGCAGGAUCGGCCCACCAACAAGUUUUCCGGUGGAUGGAGGAUGAGAGUCUCGCUGGCGCGCGCCCUCUACCUGGAGCCCACGCUGCUCAUGCUGGACGAGCCGACGAAUCACUUGGACCUGAACGCCGUCAUCUGGCUGGACAACUACCUGCAGGGCUGGAAGAAGACGCUGCUGAUCGUGUCCCACGACCAGAGUUUCCUCGACAACGUCUGCAACGAAAUCAUCCACCUGGACCAGAAGAAGCUGCAGUACUACAAGGGCAACUACUCCAUGUUCAAGAAGAUGUACGUGCAGAAGCGGCGCGAGAUGGUCAAGGAGUACGAGAAGCAGGAGAAGCGCCUGCGCGAGCUCAAGGCCCACGGCCAGUCCAAGAAGGCGGCGGAGAAGAAGCAGAAGGAGUCGCUCACCCGCAAGCAGGAGAAGAACAAGAGCAAGCAGCAGAAGCAGGACGAGGACGAGGGACCACAGGAGUUGCUGGCCCGGCCCAAGGAGUACAUCGUCAAGUUCCGCUUCCCAGAGCCCUCACAGCUGCAGCCUCCGAUCCUGGGCGUCCACAAUGUCACCUUCGCCUUCCCGAACCAGAAGCCGCUCUUCAUCAAGGCCGACUUCGGUAUCGAUCUGACGAGUCGCGUGGCCAUCGUGGGACCCAACGGCGUGGGCAAGUCCACCUUCCUGAAGCUGCUCCUCGGCGAGCUGGAGCCGCAGGAGGGCGAGCAGCGGAAGAACCAUCGCCUGCAUGUCGGGCGCUUCGACCAGCACUCCGGAGAGCAUCUCACGGCUGAGGAGUCGGCCGCGGAGUACUUGCAGCGGUUGUUCAACCUGCCGCACGAGAAGGCGCGCAAGGCCCUGGGUUCCUUUGGCCUGGUCAGCCACGCGCACACCAUCAAGAUGAAGGACCUGUCCGGUGGCCAGAAGGCGCGUGUGGCUCUCGCCGAGCUGUGCCUGAGUGCGCCCGACGUCCUCAUUCUCGACGAGCCCACCAACAACCUGGACAUCGAGAGUAUCGAUGCCCUGGCGGAGGCCAUCAACGAGUACGAGGGCGGCGUCAUUAUCGUGUCCCACGACGAGCGACUGAUCCGCGAAACCGGAUGCACUCUCUACGUGAUUGAGGACCAGACGAUCAACGAGAUCGACGGCGAGUUCGAUGACUACAGGAAGGAGGUGCUCGACUCUCUGGGCGAGGUGGUGAACAAUCCCAGCGUGGUGGCCAAUGCGGCUGUGCUCCAAUAGCCAUAGUAACAACUGCCCCCCCCCUCCCUUUGUAAUCCCAUCCAGGUCAUCUCGUGGCGCUCUGUUAAUUGUUCCAACUGUUGAAUGGAUUAUCUGCUAGUUAGCCUUUUUUUAUACCAACAUAAUAUACAAAUAACAAAUUGUGAGAGUGA